AUGUCGUCGAAUAACGAAUACGAUCCCUUCGACGCUUACGAAGCUGCCAUCGACGGCAACAAGAGAUGGGCCGCUCACGUCGACCGAUGCGACCCGACAUUCUUUCAUAGAACCGCGCAGGAUCAGCACCCAUCAAUCCUAUGGAUCGGAUGUUCUGACUCUCGCGUGCCCGAGACUACGAUCCUCGGACUAAAGCCUGGCAACGUCUUCACUCACCGUAACAUCGCAAACAUUAUCAAUUCGACCGACAUCGACAUGCUCUCGGUUGUCGAAUAUGCCGUUCACAAACUCAAGGUCAAGCACAUUGUUCUCUGCGGCCACACAUCUUGCGGCGGCAUCAUUGCUGCGCUGAAAGAUGGCAGAACAGGUCUCGGUAGCUUGGAUAUCUGGCUGCAACCUGUGCGUGCCCUGCGGAAAACGUUCGCAGAUGAUUUGGCUGCGCUGCCGGAUGGCAAGCGGACCACGUUCUUGAUCAAGAAGAAUGUUCAGGCUGGACUUGAAGCGAUUAAGCGAAUACCUGAAGUCGAGAGUGCGAUCAAUGAGCGUGGUCUUGAAGUUCACGGUGUACUCUAUGAUUUGAACACUGGUCUCGUGGAAGAGCUCUUUCAGGACGGACCCGAGCUUAAUUUGGAACAGCCCAAUGGCUGGCACGAUAAACCGGUGGUGUAGAGUGUGGCUUGUUCAUCAUAAUCGUAUGGAGUGUUUUGUUCUUCUCAUACUCCACAGAUACCUUGGGUCAUACAGCUUCUUACUACCGAACAGAUACUCGUGACCUCGAUGACUAAAAGGAUACUCUUUUACUUCCGAG